AUGCUUACUGAGACUGAUCUCAUGCUUGGUACGAUCAAGAUCUCUCUUUGUUGCCUUCGAAGAUCGCCACGCACCCUACCAGGAUGUGAAUAUGACCACUUUUCCGAUCAUGUCCUCUGCGUUUGUCAUGGUCCCUUUUGCAAUGACCAUAUCUACAUUCGAGCAAUGGUUCGGCGGAAUGUAACUUGCCGAAAAUGCACCGAAAGAGAUCCCGAAUGUGAAGACAAGUGCCAGGGACAAUGGUGCCAUGAAGACACCACCACAGGAGCUGCCGGCUGUGGUUUUGGCCCACCGUCAUUGCCUUUCUUCUACAAAGGCCCAGAAUUAUUGUACUAUAGAAAUAAGUUAUGUGUUACUAUCUCAAGGGGCGCUGGAAAACCGCAUAAGCAUUGUAUUUGCAAUACAAAUAUGUGUAACGGUUUGGUAAAGCCAUUGGGACGAUAUCAAGUCUCAAUGUCCAGAGAUUCAGCACUUCGAUCAAGAUCAUUAGCUCUGAGCGCUCCAGAUCCUACGAUACCUCUACGAACAUGUGUGAAUUGUGAAAUAAAUUCACAUGAUGGCACAUCUGUCACCUCGUCUUGGCAUUUCUGUACCUACGCCUCCCAACGGCAUUUGAGUCAUGGGAUGGGACGAUCCGGGACUGUACAACUUGUAAGCGAAAAACAAGGUUGUAUCAAUGUGACCGACAGCUCACAGGUGAGAUAUAUACAAAUUGGCUGCUCAAGAAAAUGGAUGCACAACGAAUAUGAAGAAGUAUUGUGUGCCUGUGAGACGGACAACUGCAACAGAGACGAAACUACGGCAUCGACGCGAACUUCCCGCGUUGUCCUCAUCAUUCUUAUUCCCAUAAUCACCUAUAACUUAUUCGAUAUCCGGAUAUCCUAA